GGAAAAAUGACGCAGGCGGGGAAUCGCUCCUUGGCGGAAAUGAGAGAUUUCCCGCGCUGGCUGUUGCCGCUGUUAAAUUGUGAUCAUGGCAGAUAUAUUUGCAGGUCCUAAAGUUCGCAUUAAUGCCAGUAUGCUAUCUCAGUAUGUAAAUAAGCCGGUGUGUUUCGUGGGACGCGUCGAAAAGGUUCACCCCUCUGGGAAAUCUUUUUCCCUUUCUGACGGAGAAGGCAAGGCCGUGUCAGUGGAGCUCCACGAACCCCUAGAAGAGGAGCUGAGUGGGGUCGCAGAGGUCAUAGGCCGGGUUACACCUAAAGCUACCAUAAUGGCCAACGCGUACACCUCGCUCCGGGAAGACAAGAACAGCUUCGAUAUGGGGCUAUACAAUGAAGCCCUGAAAAUAAUUCAUGAUUUUCCCCAGUAUUAUCCUUUUGAAAUUUCAGCAACUGAGUGAUGCUCUUGGCUGUCGAAGCAAACUGUCAAAAGCUCUGUAAAACAGAACAUAGUUCUGCUCAGUUUCCAGAGGGCCUGAUGUCUUCUAGUUUUGAGACCCUUGCCGUAAGAAAUGAGAUGUCAUUAACCCAUUGACUGACUGAAGCUUUUUAAUCACUAAAGCUCUUGCAUUGUUCUGUUUUUGUGAUAAUUGAUUUUAAGAUACUGAAUUAUAUGACCUGCAGAUUGUUUUGAAUUUGUCUUAGUGUUUGUCCUCUUUUGCAAAAAAUGUUUGAAACCAUUUCUUAGAAAUUAUAGGAUAUUGGAUUAUACAAUAAAUGUUUGGAUCUGAUUAUGUUUUUAGACAUAGUUUUAUGGUGUUUGAAACUAAUGGAAAUGGUUUUUGGGGGCAACAUGUAUUUCAGCAGCUUAAUUGUAUUCAGUACUAUCGAAUAUUGAAAUUCAGUUUUUCACCAGCACAGUGUUAUUUUGUAGUCCAUAAGUUUUACCAUUUUACUUUCAGACAUGAACUAUUUGAAUAGUAUUGCACUCAUUCUUCUUUACUUUAACAACUGUGCCACUAGAAAUAUAUAAUACAAAACUGCAGUAUUUUUCAUAAUGGGUUAAUGUUCUUUCCAUGGUUUUUAAAAAUGGAAAAGUUCUUGACAGGUUUAUAACCCUGCAACACUCCUAUAAGCCCUGUGUUUGGCAGCCAUGGUCAUUCUUAGACGUUUAUCACCUUCUGUCAAGACCCGGUCCAACUUUUUUUUUUUCCUCUGAAGUUGGGUCUUCAGUUUAUUAAAACUAUUCUGGUGAAAGAAUAUACUAUGUAAAGCAAGCAUAUCAUUAAAAUAUAAUUGGUGUAAAGAC